AUGUCGAGAAAGAGUAGGGGCCGGCAAAAGUUGGAGAUGGUGAAAAUAUCGAAGGAGAGCAAUCUUUUGGUAACAUUUUCAAAAAGAAGGUAUGGUAUUUUCAAGAAAGCUAGUGAACUUUCUACUCUCUGUGGUGCUGAAGUUACUGUUAUAGUCUUCUCGCCCGGAAAGAAAGUUUUCUCUUUUGGCCAACCUUCUGUUGAAGCAGUUGUCAACCGUUUUCUCUCCGGAACCUCUCCCCCGAUUUCUGGUGCUAUGCAACUUAUUGAAGCACACCGCAAUGCUAGAGUCCGUGAGCUUAAUAUGCAGCUCACUCAGAUUCUAAACCAAUUGGAAAUGGAGAAGAAGAGAGGGGAAGAGCUAGAUCAAAUGAAGAGAGUUAGACAGGCUCAGUGCUGGUGGGAGUCUCCUAUAGAGGAUCUUGACUUUGAAAGGCUUCAGCAACUUAAGGCUUCAUUGGAGAUUUUAAGGCACACUGUUACAAAGCAAGCUGAGCAGCUUCUUAUCCAAACUACAAAUACUCCUCAACAAUUUUAUGUGCCGAGUACAAAUACUCCUCAACAAUUUUAUGCAACGAGUUCAAACACUCCUCAACAAUUUUAUGCACCAAGCACCAGCAAUACUGCACUUCUUCCUAAUUUUGAUCCAGAAAAUAAUGGUUUUGAAUUCAACACAAAUAUGAAUGCUUAUCAAUACCCAAAUCUUGGAUUUGGAUCAAGUGGGUUGUUUUAGUUACAUUUAC